UUCCGGUCUGGGGAGGAACGCUUCCGGGUCGGUUGCCAGAGAGGAGGAAAAGAGGCAAAGAGACAGUCAUGUCGGCCUUCCGGGCGCUGGACCCGGCUAGAGGGGAGCCAGGCGGAGGCAGCAGAGCCGGGGCGGCCUCUUCGUCUUCCUCCGCCCCCGGAGGCCUCUUCCGGCCCCUGAACGCCGAGGACGAGGAACAGCAGCCGACCGAGAUCGAGUCCCUUUGCAUGGCUUGCUUCCGACAGGGAGUGACCCGGCUGCUGCUGACCAAGAUCCCGUUCUUCAAGGAGAUCAUUGUCAGUUCCUUCACCUGCGGCAGCUGCAACUGGACCAACACAGAGAUCCAGUCGGCCGGCCGGAUCCAGGACCAAGGCGUCCGCUAUACUUUGGCCGUGCGGAACAAGCAGGAUAUGAAUAGGGAAGUGGUGAAGACUGACUGUGCCACAGCUAGAGUCCCUGAGCUAGACUUUGAAAUCCCUGCUUUUUCUCAGAAGGGAGCUCUGACCACCCUUGAAGGGUUAAUUGACAGAGCCAUAACAGGACUGGAGCAGGACCAGCCGGGCCGCCAGGAAAUUGAUACAGCUCUGGCUGAAAAGAUAGAUGGAUUCAUCUCCAAGUUGAAGCGCUUGAAGGAAGUGGAAUCACCCUUCACUUUUAUCCUAGAUGACCCUUCUGGCAACAGCUUUGUGGAGAACCCUCAUGCCCCACUGCGAGAUGAAGUUCUGGUGGUCACCCAUUACUGGAGAACUGCUGAGCAGGCGGCCAUGCUGGGAAUUGAGGCUGAGGAACCCCAUGAAAACUCACCUGACUCUGCUGAUGAUCUCAGAAAUGAGGUGCAUCAGUUCAACACAAAUUGCCCUGAAUGUAAUGCACCUGCUAUUACAAACAUGAAGCUGGUGCAGAUUCCCCACUUCAAAGAAGUCAUUAUCAUGGCCACAAACUGUGAUGCCUGUGGGCAUAGAACGAACGAGGUUAAAUCAGGAGGAGCCAUAGAACCGUUGGGAACCAAGAUCUCCCUUCAUAUAACGGACUCAUCGGAUCUGACGAGAGAUCUUCUGAAGUCUGAAACCUGCAGAGUGGAGAUUCCAGAGCUAGAGUUCGAGUUAGGAAUGGGAGUCCUGGGUGGCAAAUUCACAACUCUGGAAGGACUGCUGAAGGACAUCCAGGGUCUGGUGGAAAAAAACCCCUUCACCCUUGGAGACAGCUCUAACCCUGACAGAACUGAGAGACUCCAUGCGUUCAGCAAGAAGCUGCAGCAGAUCCUGGAUGGGCAGCUGAAGGUACAUUUUGUCCUUGAUGACCCUGCAGGGAACAGUUAUCUCCAGAACGUCUAUGCUCCUGAGGAAGACCCCGAGAUGAAUGUGGAACGCUAUGAGCGGCGGUUUGAGCAGAAUGAAGAGCUGGGCCUUAAUGAUAUGAAGACGGAGGGCUAUGAGACAGAGCCCUCCUCCAAGCGGUAGCAAGAGCCCACUUCAAGUGCAACCCAAGGACACCAGAGGAGAAAGAAAGGAACUUUCCUGGCAGAGAUUUCUCUUUGGGAAGGAGUAGUUUGCAUCUGUGGUUUGUACCUCUCAAGACUGAUUUUCACUUACUGUCAGCAGCCAGCAGUGCCUGCCUACGUAUUAAAGCUGAAUUGUGGCUUAGUUGGAAUCUGACUGGCUUAUCUGUAGGCUGAUGUCCUGUUUGGGGCUUGGGCUGGGUGGGGAUCCAUUUUGUACAAAUGAGCCACCCUUGUCCAGGCACUGCAGUCUUCCUGGUGUCUGACUGGGUUAUUCAGCACUCGGUUGCAUUUUGGGUCCUGUCCAGUGUAUGGAUGGUGGCUUGUAUUUCUACCAUUUCUGCAACAUUGACAGCCCUUUACUGCCCUCUUUUCUGCAAAUGUUUAUCUUUUUCGUCUAUCUACUUUGGAGCAAUAAAAAAGUGGAUCUGUUCUCGUAA